GGAUAUUACACAGCAGAGAGGGGCGGAGAGCUGAAGAGCCUAUUUCCCUCAGACUGCCAAGCACACAAUGACAGAGUCCGUCCGGUAGAGCAACAUGCCAUAUUCUGGAUUUUUUAUAUGGAUCUUUUUCUCCUCAUGGGGAAUAACUGUGGGCAGCGUGAGGACUCUACCUCAUGUGAUGAAGUACCAAACUGUGAUUCCUCAGAGACUGAAGGAUUCAUCUCUCAUUAAUGCCGCUGCUACACAUCAGACAUACCCUGAUGUACUCCAGUACUCCUUGAUGAUUGCAGGGCAAAACUACACACUGCAUCUGGAAAAGAACAAAGAUCUUGUCGGGAACAACUUCUCUGUGACACACUAUUCUGAUCAGGGCACCCAAGUCACAACUACUCCAGAUCUUAGGAUUCACUGCUACUAUCAUGGACACGUUGUGGGAGUAGACGACUCCUCUGCCAGCGUGGGACUGUGCUCAGGAAUAAAGGGGUUUGUGCGUCUCCAGGAUCAAAUGUACCUAAUCGAACCUUUGGCCGGCGCCAAGGGGGGACAGCAGGACAACAGACAAAGCUCCGAAGCUCACAGUGACGAGGGUCUUCAUGCUGUUUACAACUACAAACACCUGAGGAGGAAGAGGAGCUCCUGUUCCCAUGGAAACACAACCACUUUCUAUGAUCACGGAGCUCGUCUGUCUGGACUAUUCCAGCUCGGCAGCCUGAAAAGCAGAGCCCAGACCAAAGGCCGUACAGGAAAACCCAAGACAGUGGAGCUGGUCGUGGUGGUCGACAACACAGAGUAUAAGAAGUUUGGCAGUAAGAAGACAAUAGAGGCCAGAGCGCUUGAAAUAGCAAACCAUGUGGACAAGCUGUAUCGCCCAGUGGGUGUCCGUGUGAUGCUGGUCGGUCUGGAUAUCUGGUCAUACAGAGAUCAGAUAGAGGUCAGCACAAACUCGGAGCUCACCCUCGGUCGCUUCCUUGAGUGGCGUCAGAAGAGCCUGCUGCCGAGGACCAAACACGACAAUGCGCAGUUCAUCACAGGUGUGGAUUUUGAUGGUUCCACUGUCGGCUUAGCCAACACCAACGCAAUGUGCACCUCUAACUCUGGAGCUGUCAAUGAAGACCAUAACAUUAACGCAAUAGGAGUGGCCUCUACUAUUGCACAUGAGAUGGGUCACAACCUGGGCUUGUCCCAUGAUUCUGAAAACUGUGUCUGUGGCUCUUUAACAACGAAAAAAGGCUGCAUCAUGGCUGAGAGUGUUGGCUUUGUGUAUCCAGAGCUGUUCAGCAGCUGCAGUCAGCAGCAGCUCAGCAGGUUCUUUGAGGAGGUCAACCCUGCCUGUCUGCUGGAUACUCCUUCUACCGAUCGCGUCUAUGGAGGGCCAGUGUGUGGAAAUGCCUUCCUGGAGCCUGGAGAGGAGUGCGACUGUGGAACUGCACAGGAGUGCAAGAAUCCCUGUUGCAAUGCCACUACCUGCAAACUUAAUGCAGGAGCCCAGUGUGCAGAGGGAAAGUGCUGCCACAACUGCAGACUGAAACCAACAGCCAGCGUCUGCCGACCAAAGGCAGGAGACUGUGACCUGGCAGAAUACUGCACUGGCUUCUCUACCUCCUGUCCGACUGACGCCUACACCCAGAAUGGUCUGUCCUGCAACCGUGGAAAAGGAUACUGCUACAAUGGACAGUGCCCUUCACGGCAGGAACACUGCAAGAGACUUUGGGGACCAGAUGCUGAAGUAGCUCCAGACGCUUGCUUCUACCAGCACGGAAACUGCAGAAAGACACUGUUUAGCCAGAGAUGUUCAAGCCGAGAUCAAUCGUGUGGGACACUUUUCUGCUCCGGAGGCUGGGAGUUUCCGGUGACAUCCAGAAAGUCCUUCUACAAAGUAGGAAAUGGAGACAUAUGCAAUGAAGCAACUAUGAACCCUGAAGAUAACUACCCUGCAGAUCUGGGUAUGGUGCCUGCCGGUACCAAGUGUGGCAACAACAUGGUAUGCUACAAUCAACGGUGUCAAGACAUCAAAAACAUAAAGGUGUACGGACCAAAUGACUGCUCUGCCAAAUGCAACAACCACGGGGUUUGUAACCAUGAGAGCAAGUGUCACUGCGACCCUGGCUGGGUCCCGCCUUUCUGCGAUGUGGAGCAGUCCGAACUCCCUGAAGAGGCCGGUCUGGUGGUGUUUAUCUCGUCACUGGGGGUUGGUUUACUCCUGCUGUCGGUCCUGGUUAUUGCGAGUUUGAUGUGCUGCAUCAAAAGAAAGCGACCUGCAAAGAGAUGCCUCCAAUCUACCUCAGGACAAUCCAACCCAUUGUUUCAGCCAAGCGAUGCACGAGGCAGCCCUCGUCUCGGGUCCACACACAUCAGCCAGCCUACAUUUGUGGAGUCUUCAGCCACGCAAGCCUGUAAACCUCUGUUCUCUGCUACUGCCAGACAACAUACUGGAGCACUGAAGCCCAGCAGAGCAGCUCCAGUGCCACCUAAGAAAAUGUCAGCUGUACCUCAGCCAUUAAAGAUUCAACAGGUUGUGAGGCCGUUCAUGCCGCCUGUUUCAAGCAAGCCAAUCUAUACUGAGAAUAAGCCACAACCUCCAUCUAGACCUCUGCCACCACUUGCGGCAAAACCGAUCAUGACACCAAAGUCUCCGAUGCCUCCAGUGAAGCCCAAGCCCUUUGCAGUCCGCUCUCCGCUGCCACACACUCAGCUGCUUACAGGGAGAGCUGCCCUGAUGCCCCCCAGCAGGCCCAGAUGACAGAGGGAAUAAUUCAGCCUGAUGUAAACACUGAGAUCCUCUGACAGAGGACACUGUUGUUGUUCCACCUAAGAAGGAUCUAGAAAUCCUUGCAGCAGACGCAUGUCUGUUUUAAAGGGGAAACCAGAUCCACUGAACAAUAAGGGACAGAACUUUUCUGUCAAUCAUGGUCUGCCUGAGGAUUACCGCCGUCUGUGUCUUGCCUUUAGUAUAUUGAAGAAGACCUGAAACCGGGAUUACCAGACUCAACUUCUGUGCUUUAGAAAUGACAAAUGGCUAAACUGCCAUGAUGAUGCUUUUUUGUAUUUUAUUUUAAAGGGAAACUUCUCUCUGCCUUGAUCCUUGGAUAUGUGAACACUUUAUGAGGCUAUUGCACUAUCGAUGCUGUAACUGUUUUACUAACUGUUACCAUUCCCUCACAUUGGUUUUGGUACUGCUUUUCUAAGAAAUAAUGUUGUAAAGGGAUUUUGAAAUAUGGAACCAACAUGGGAAAUUUACAGAUUGUUUUAGUUCAGGAUAUACCACAAAAGUUAGGAUUUCUUUAACUUUGUUUGUACUAACCUAGGUAUGCUUGAAUAAUUCCAUGCUGCUGUUUUGUUUUGUAUGUUGACUUGGUACUGUUGAUUGUAAUUAAUCAAGGGAUUUUAUAUUGCAUAUUCUAUGCAGCAGACAGUGUCCUUCGCUCAUAAUGCCAAAUGAUUGUGGUAUUUCCUUUACAGUGAGAACUCUGUCUUUAUUUGUCCUGCAAACUUUGAAAUUUGAACCAUUCAUAUUUAUUGAGAUACUUUUUUUUGUCUGUAAGACGGAGCUUACAAUAAAAAUGAAUCCCCACAA